GGUUUUCGAGUCUCUUCUCUACUAGCAGUUGUUCCCAUUCUGCCAUGUCGGAAACUGCUCCAGCUGAGACGGCAGCUCCGGCCCCGGUGGAGAAGUCCCCUGCCAAGAAGAAGGCUACAAAGAAGGCAGCUGGCGCAGGUGCGGCUAAGCGAAAGGCCACCGGACCCCCAGUCUCCGAGCUCAUCACUAAGGCUGUGGCAGCUUCCAAAGAGCGCAAUGGCCUUUCUUUAGCUGCGCUUAAGAAAGCCUUGGCUGCGGGUGGCUACGACGUGGAGAAGAACAACAGCCGCAUCAAGUUGGGUCUCAAGAGCCUGGUGAGCAAAGGCACCCUGGUGCAGACCAAGGGUACUGGUGCUUCCGGCUCCUUCAAACUCAACAAGAAAGCGGCCCCUGGGGAAGUCAAGCCCAAAGCUAAGAAAGCCGGUGCAGCCAAAGCCAAGAAGCCUGCAGGUGCCACCCCCAAGAAACCUAAGAAGGCUGCGGCAUCCAAGAAGACAGUGAAGAAGACUCCCAAGAAGGCAAAGAAGCCUGCGGCAGCUGGUGUAAAAAAAGUGGCUAAGAGCCCUAAGAAGGCCAAGGCUGCUGCCAAGCCGAAAAAAGCUGCUAAGAGCCCCGCCAAGCCCAAGGCUGUCAAGCCAAAGGCUGCCAAGCCCAAGGCUGCGAAGCCUAAAGCAGCAAAACCUAAAGCUGCAAAGCCUAAGAAGGCGGCUCCUAAGAAGAAGUAGGAAGUAGGCGUGGAAAACGAGCAGCAAAGCCCCAAAGGCUCUUUUCAGAGCCACCCAGAGAUCUCUACGAAAAUAGCUGUGCGCUAGCUUUUGUGGUUCCAUGCUAUCUUUUAACUCUCGCAUGCGCUCUAGCACUGAAAAAGCGAUUGGAGCCCAAAAGCUUUCAUUAA